AUGCGGAUCAAAGGCGAUCCGCAUCGACGGCCGUCGAUGAUGAAACUGUUAAAAAACGUCGAUAAUAGUUCAGUUGUUUUAUUAUUAUUAGUGCUGUUGUGUUAUUGUUGUUUGCCAAUUGUGGAAUCAGUGAUUUUAACGCCCCCGUACUUCAAUUUGGCCGAGGGUAGGAAGAUCACGGCUAGCGCCACAUGCGGCGUGGACACACAAGGGCCGGAGUUGUACUGCAAACUAGUCGGGGCUAAUGCCGAACACGAUUCCAACGUCAUACAGGGGCAGGUGUGCGAUUACUGCGAUCCUACCCGAUAUGACAAAAUGCAUCCACCAGAAUUUGCUGUGGACGGAAUGGAGACCUGGUGGCAGAGUCCGCCCCUGUCCAGGGGGAUGAAAUAUAACGAAGUCAAUUUAACCAUAGAUUUGGGACAGGAAUUUCACGUCGCAUACGUUUACAUUCGUAUGGGUAAUUCACCUAGGCCUGGUCUUUGGGUUUUGGAGAAGUCAUCUGAUCAUGGGAAGACUUACACACCUUGGCAGUAUUUUUCUGAUUCGCCCUCUGAUUGUGAAACAUAUUUUGGGAAAGAAAGUUUGCAGCCCAUUACAAAAGACGAUUCUGUGAUUUGCAACACUGAAUAUUCCAAGAUUGUGCCUUUGGAAGGCGGAGAAAUUCCGAUAUCAUUGCUGAAAAAUCGACCAUCUGCUAAUCAUUACUUCAACUCCAGCGUCCUUCAAGAGUGGACCAGAGCAACAAAUGUUCGUUUCAGGCUUUUGCGGACCAAAAAUUUAUUGGGACAUUUGAUGUCUGUCGCAAGACAAGAUCCUACUGUGACCAGGAGAUAUUUCUACUCAAUAAAGGAUAUCUCUAUCGGUGGUCGUUGUAUGUGUAAUGGUCAUGCUGAUACUUGCGAUAUUCAGGACCCGAGUGACCCUAGCAAAUUGAUGUGCAGAUGCCAACACAACACCUGCGGACCACAAUGCGCCUUCUGUUGCCCUGGAUUUGAGCAGAAAGCUUGGCGACAGAGCAAGAGCUCACACAGAUUUGUCUGCGAACCUUGUAAUUGUCACAACCAUGCGUCGGAGUGCGUAUACGACGCAGAGGUAGAUGAACGACGCGAAUCUCUAGACAUUCAUGGUAACUACGAAGGAGGUGGCGUAUGUCAGAAUUGUCAAGAUAACACAGAAGGAAUCAAUUGCAAUAGGUGUAAACCGAAGUAUUAUAGACCUGCAGGAAAAUAUUGGAAUGAGACAGAUGUUUGUCGAGAAUGUCCGUGCGACGUAUUCUAUUCUACUGGAAACUGCGCCGAAGAAACUGGAGUUUGCGAAUGCCGACAAGAGUUUCAGCCGCCAAAUUGCGAUGCUUGUAGUUAUGGCUAUUUUGGUUUCCCCGAUUGCAAACCUUGUGAAUGUCAUCUGAACGGAACCGAUGGUUACCACUGCGAAGAGAAUGGAUACUGCCCCUGCAAACCUAACUAUAGCGGAAAUUAUUGUAAAGAAUGUGCCGAGGGUUAUUACGGAUUUCCUGAUUGUCUUCCCUGCGAAUGCAAUUCUGAAGGUUCUCUUACUAAUGUUUGCGACUACGCAUCAGGACAAUGUUCUUGUAAAAAUAACUUUGAUGGAAGAUCUUGUGAUAGAUGCAGAAAUGGCUAUUUCAAUUAUCCGACUUGCGAGUACUGCAACUGUGACAUUCAAGGCACAAUAGAAAGUGUGUGUAAUUCAACUACUGGAAAAUGCAUAUGCAAAAUGGGCUAUGGAGGAGAACGAUGCGACCAAUGCUCUCCUGGAUAUUACGGAUAUCCUGAUUGUCGUCCAUGCAGUUGUAGCCAAACCGGAUCUUCAUCCACGAUAUGUGACGCGUCAGGAAAGUGCCCCUGCUUGAUCAAUUUCUCAGGCAGAACUUGCGAACAAUGCUCUCCUGGUUAUUACAAAUAUCCCGAAUGUCUACCAUGCAAUUGCGAUUCAUACGGAGCUAUAGGAAUAACUUGCAACACAGAUGGACAGUGCGAGUGCAAACCUAAUUUUGAUACCAUCCGAUGCGAUGUUUGCAAAGAAGGAUUUUAUAAUUAUCCUAAUUGUGAAGAUUGCAACUGCGAUCCAGCAGGUGUGGUAGCUGAAUUUGCCGGAUGCGGUUCUGUUCCAGCUGGAGAACUAUGCAAAUGUAAGCCACGCGUUCAAGGCCGUAUUUGCGACCAGUGUAAACCUUUAUAUUGGAAUUUAAAUCCAAGUAACCCUGAAGGAUGCGAGGACUGCGGAUGCCAUUUUUCUGGUACUGCUAGCGGUAUUGGUGUAUGUAACGAUCGCACUGGACAAUGUUUCUGCAAACCGUCUGUCGCCUCGCGAACAUGUAACGAGUGCGCUGAUGGAUUCUAUAGGCUCGAUAGAGAUUCGGUAUUUGGCUGCGAAGCUUGUGAUUGUGAUGUCGGAGGGUCUAUUAAUUCUAGAUGUAACAAAAGAACAGGUCAAUGCGAAUGCCAUCCUAGAAUUACUGGACGUACUUGUACAGAACCACUUCAAACUCAUUAUUUUCCUACGCUGUACCAACAUCAGUAUGAAAUAGAAGAUGGUUAUACAGUUGCGAAUACUAAAGUACGAUAUUCUUAUGAUGAACGUAAGUUCCCAAAUUAUUCAUGGAAAGGGUACGCAGUUUUUUCACAAUUACAGAAUGAAGUUAUUCAAGAUGUGUACAUACUCAAAUCCUCCGUAUAUCGCGUAGUUAUUAGAUAUGUAAAUCCAAAUACAUUUAAUAUUGCUGGAACAAUUACUGUGACACCUGACAAUCCUAGUGAUAAUGAACAAACUUUUGACGUCCUAUUUAAAAGUACAAGCGACCCCGCUUUUGUUACCGUUUCGGGAGCUAAAGGAAAUUCUCCUUCACCAUUCGUAAUGAAUCCUGGAAAUUGGUAUGUGCACAUUAAAGCAGACAAGAAUCUAUUUAUUGAUUAUUUUGUGCUUUUGCCAGCCGCCUUCUAUGAGGCUUCUAUUCUUACGCAAAAAGUUGACACACCAUGUAAAAUCGAUCAAAUGGGAUUAUGUAGACAUUUUGGCUAUCCGGAUGUAAAUCAUUUUGAUAUGGUUAAGGGCUCAGGAGCAUUUGUUGAAAAUGGAAACAGCCGAGAACCUUUAAAAGAAUAUAUUUCUGAUGCAAAACAUUUACAAAGCCUUCGGCUAGAGAAUAUUCCAGUUCUCGGGACAAAUCAGCAGAAAAUGAAUUUGGACAUGACUAUUACCAAACCUGGGCAGUAUGUUCUAGUAGUCGAUUACAUCACACUUCGUUCCAAUCCAACUAUGGCGGAUGUAAAAACUGAAGUUAGUACUAAAAAUGGCAGAGAACAUGGUUCACUUUAUCUUCCUGCUUGUAUAUAUUCAAUGGUUUGUCGUCAAGUUAUACUAAACCGCCAAGGAAAUGUUGCAAGCUUCAAUUUUGAAGACAAUUUUGUUAGCAUAAUUUUGGACAGCGGUAAUAAUACAGCCACUGGAAUCAAAUCAAUUUCAGCUAUUCCAAAGGAAGACUGGUCAUUAGAUUACAUUCAACCGAAAUCUGUUUGUGUUCUAAAAGAUGGUAAAUGCACUCAAACCAAAUUUUCGUUGCCUCCUGAUUCAAAGAAAAUUGAAUUUGAAAUUGAAAAUGAAGAACUUAUUGUAGAAAAUCCUGAAGAUAUCACCGACAAUGCAACAAAAUUAAUUUAUCUUGACAACAUAAAUCCUAUGAUUGAUAUAAAGUCUAAUGUAUCCUAUCCCGGAUAUUAUACAUUUGUAGUUCAGUACUAUCAACCUGCUCAUCCAGAAUUCAAUGCAGAAAUACUUAUACAAAAUGGUCAAUUUUAUGAAGCUAAGUUAUCACUGCCACAUUGUCCUUCUAAUGCUGGUUGUCGUAGUGUUGUAACACAAAAUAAUGAUAACAAAUUCUUUGAUCUAACUGAAAACUUUGUUAUGUCAAUAAAAAUGCCAGAAGGUAAGGAUGUAUGGCUUGAUUAUUUGCUUUUAGUACCAAGAGAACAGUACACCAAAUCGUUACUGACAGAAGAUAUUUUUGAUCAAACAAAGGAAUUUAUAUCUCAAUGUGGACAUGAUCAUUUCCACAUAAGUGCAAAUUCUACAGGUUUUUGCAAAGAUGCUAUAUUUUCACUCACAGCAGAUUAUAAUAAUCGUGCUUUACCCUGCCAGUGCGAUUUUCAAGGGUCUCUAAGUUUCGAAUGUGAAAAGUUUGGAGGACAAUGCGAAUGCAAACCGAAUAUUAUUGGUCGAAAAUGUGAGGAAUGUAAAACUGGAUUUUAUGGCUUUCCAGAUUGCAAACCUUGCAAUUGUCCCACUACUGCCUUAUGCGAGCCUAGAACUGGUGCUUGCAUAUGCCCUCCUCGAGUGACUGGACCAAAAUGCGACCAGUGUGAGAGAUUCACAUACGGUUUUGAUCCUAUCAUUGGUUGUGAAGACUGUAAAUGCGAUCCGUUAGGUAUUGCUUUAGGCCACCAACAGUGUGAUAUAUUCAAUGGAAGUUGUACUUGUAAAGAAAAUGUAGUAGGUCGUACCUGUGAUAGAUGUCAAAACGGUCACUAUAGAUUCCCAUGGUGUGAAUCUUGUCAGUGCGAUACAAAAGGCACAUUGAUGGAUAUUUGUGACCAGGUUAGUGCAGAAUGUUUCUGUAAGAGUAAUGUUCAUGGUGAGGCUUGUGAUGACUGUAAAGACGGCACCUUUAAUAUCCAAAAUGAAAACCCCGAUGGUUGCACUAAAUGUUUCUGUUUCGGUAAAACAACCCGUUGCGAAAGUUCUUUGGUAUCGGCCCGUAUAGAAAAUAUGAACGACUGGAGUUUAUAUUCUGUUAUUCAGAAGCCCAAUGCGGUUAAUGUGUCGAGAAAAGCAGCAACUCCAGAAGUACUUUCCGAAUCUGUGAUUGGUGUAAAUUUGGAUAAUGAAGAUUUCAAUACCAGCAUAACAUAUUUUAGUGCCCCCGAAUAUUAUUUAGGUAAUAGGCUGAGUUCAUAUGGCGGAUUUUUGAAUUACACUAUAUUUUAUACAACUGGAAUAUUUGGAAGUGCUAUUAGUGGCGGCGAUGUAAUACUUCAAGGCAAAGGUAGUUUCUUGAUUCACGAAUCUCUUGAGCAGCCUGCUUCAAAUAUCUACUAUAAAGCAUCAGUUGAAAUUAUUGAAUCUAACUUUGUGUCACCAUCAGGAGUACCGUGCACUAGAGAACAACUUAUGGUUGUAUUAGAGAGUUUGCAAGGGUUAUUUAUUAGAGCGCCUUAUUGGUCUUCCAGUGUUACAACGCGUUUGCAAAAUGUUUCAUUAGAUACGGCAACGGAUACUUAUUAUCGCAAUGCAGAGCCUGCUCUAGCUGUGGAGGAAUGUCAGUGCCCGCCCAAUUAUUCUGGUUUAUCAUGUGAAGACUGCGCUCCAGGGUAUUAUCGUUCAAAUACUGGCCCAUAUGGAGGGUAUUGUAUACCCUGCCAGUGUAAUGGCCAUUCUGAUACUUGCGAUGUUAACACCGGUAAAUGUUAUGAUUGUCAACACUUUACAACAGGAGACCACUGCGAACAGUGUAUAACAGGAUAUCAUGGUAAUGCCACAAUAGGAACACCAAACGAUUGUUUGAUUUGUGCAUGUCCACUGCCAAUAGCCUCAAAUAACUUUGCAGUUGGAUGUGAAGUAAGUUCUGAUGGCAAUCGAAUUUCUUGCGAUUGUACAGAGGGUUACUUUGGAGCUAGAUGUGAAUCAUGUGCCGCAGGUUGGUUUGGUCGACCGGAAUCGCCCGGAGAAGAAUGCACCCCUUGCAGUUGUUCAGGUAACAUCAACGCAGAAGAACCUGGAUCAUGUGAUUCUAUAACUGGCGAAUGUUUAAAAUGUUUAAAUAAUACGGCUGGUGUCGCGUGUAACUUGUGCGCUCCCGGAUAUUUUGGAGAUGCAGUUACUCUAAAGGAUUGUCAAAGUUGUAUAUGUGAUCGAAUGGGUACUGAAUAUUGUGACAGUUACGUCGGUACUUGCAAAUGUUUCGAUAACGUUGAAGGAGAUAAAUGUGAUAGAUGCGCAGAGAAUCAUUACGGCUUUAAUAGCGGUCGUGGAUGUACACCUUGCGAUUGUGGUAUAGCCUCUGAAUCCGACCAAUGUGAAGAUUCCACCGGUCAAUGUAAAUGCAAGCCCGGAGUUGCAGGACGCAAGUGCGAUAGAUGUGCAGCCGGUUACUGGAACUUAACAUCAGAAGGCUGCGUUUCAUGUAACUGCAAAAGUGAAUACUCUCUAGGAUUCGGAUGUAACGUUAAUACCGGACAGUGUGAAUGUUUACCGGGCGUCGUUGGAGAAAAGUGUGACCGUUGUCCGCAUAGAUGGGUUUUAAUACAAAAUAGUGGUUGCUACGAAUGUGACAAAUGUGCGCAUGAUCUGUUGGAUGUCACUGAUCAAUUAUAUGAUAUAAUAGAACCUGUUUCAUUAGACUUUAAGAGCAUUGCUUCUGAUUACUUUUUAAUUCAAAAACUAGAUUAUAUAAAUAAAACUGUGGGGGAACUAAACAAGAAAGUGAACUUACUAGAUCCAAACGACAUCGAAUUAACUCCUAUCAUAUUAGAAAUUGAAAGUUUAGAUCAAGAUAUUAAUAAUCUAAAUCGACAGGCGGAAUACAAUGCGGAAAAUGGAAAGGAAUUAAGUCCUCUGGGAAACAAUCUGAAAUCAUCCGCAAAUGAUAUCAUUUCUUCAAUUCGUCAUGCUGUUACGAUGGCGCAUACAACAGUCAACGAAGUUGAGCAAUUGGCUAAUAGUUUAGAGACAGGCCAAGAACAGAAGCUAGAUUCUUCGCUCGCUGAAGGCAAACGGCUUCUAGAGGAAAUCAAAUUAAUCAACUUAAGUAAUAUUCAUAAUGAUGUGGACACUCAGUUGGAUAAGGCGGAAAUAUUGUUAGAAGAAAUGGUUGAUUAUGCCAAUCCUGCCGCAGAACAAAAGAAACAAUUGGAUGCUAUUUUUGAAAAAGUAAAGACAUAUAACAAUAAAUUGGACAAUAUGUACAAUAAUUCGUUAAUAGCACGCGGACUUUCUGAUAUUGCAGUAAAUCUUACUACAACGAACACUGAAAAGAACGCAAAAAGCAAAAUAGACACAGUGAAAAAUCAACACAGAGAACUCAAUGAUACUUUGGAAUUAGGGAAAGCACUUUUAGCAAAUGCUACGACAAAAUUGAUGGCCACUCGUCUUAUUCAAAGUGAUUUAGAAAAUAAGGGAUAUGAAAUUAUUGAUUUGAAUAAUAAAUUGAACUCAGAUCCGUAUCAGGAUAAAAAAUCAGAACUGGACCGACUUAUAGAACCGCUGCAAGAAGCGCAUCAGCAUGCAAAUGAUUUGCAUAGUUAUGCCAUGACAUUGGAUGAUAUGUUAGCCGAUACUCGUAAUACUUCGCACAAUGCCGUACAAGCGGCGACCGCUUAUAAAACUAUCAUCGACGAAAUCGAUAGUGCUGCAGCAUACGUGAACGAAGCACAAGAAGCGUCGGCGAACGCGAGCGACAAGGUUGAUGGUCUGGCAGAGAAAACUGGCGAAACUGAGUUUGAAGCCCUAGAGCUACUGCACGCUUCAAGAGAAGCCUUGGACACAGUACAAAGAAACCUCACUGUAGGAUUAGAAAAGGUAAACGAUCUCGUAGAUAAAAUAGAGUCCCUUAAUGAACAAAGCGAAAUGACGGCCAAUGAAAUUAAUGACGCUCUGGAAAGAAUAUCAAGCGAGCCUUUGGAGGAAGUUGCUAAAAAAGCUGCUGAAGACUCAAAAGUCGCGGACGAGAAAGCUAAAGAAGGGUUGGGAAUUCUUUCUCCAAUAAUAUCAGACCUUACAGAAGAAGUCGCUAACGCCAAACAAGUAGCUAAGGCAUUUGAUGAUACCAAUAAAGAUAUAACUAGAACCCGUAAACAAUUGGAAGGUAUACAAGAUAGUAUUCCAGAAAUUGGAGCUUUAGCCCAAGACGUGGAGGAAGCUCAGGCUGGCUUAAAAGACAAUAUAGAAAAUCUUGAUGAUGAGGUAUAUGCUAUUAAAGAACAAAUUUCAAAUGCUCGCGAGUUAGCCAACUCUAUAAAGGUAGGUGUUGCCUUCCAACCUAACACCACAUUAGAACUGGCACCUCCGAAAAAUCUACCAUUAUUGACGACAUCUACUAGAAUUUCUGGUUAUUUCAAAACUGAAAAACCAAAUGGUUUUCUCAUGUAUCUAGGAAAUGAAAAGGAAGAUGAAACCGAAGCUGGCGAAGAUGACGAUUUCAUGGCUGUUGAAAUAGAUCAUGGUUAUCCAGUACUAGUAAUGGAUAUCGGAAACGGCCCAGAAAGAAUUAUUAAUGAUAAAUAUGUAGCCGAUGGGGAAUGGCAUGAAUUUAUUGUUGAAAGAACGGGUAAGAAUGUUAAACUUAUCAUACGUGAUGAAUUAGAAGAUGGUAAAGUUCAAGUACACAAGAAAGAAGAAAUAUUAAGCGGACCCCAUACCAUGUUUAAUGUAGAUCAAGAAAAUUCUCAUCUAUUUGUAGGAGGUUUCCCAAAUACAUUCACUAUUGAUAACAAUGUGAAAUAUUCGUCGUUUGAAGGUGAAAUAGAAGAUUUAACAAUAGGCGAUGAACCGGUUGGCUUAUGGAACUUUGUCGAUGCUCAAGAAAAUUAUAAUGGCGCUCAACAACGUGAUAGAUUAGUUAAACCAGAGAAAACGGAGACUGGAUAUCGUUUCAGUAAACACGGUUAUGUUUUAAUAGAUGUUGCUUCCCGCGGAAUUGGGCGUCAAUCAGAAAUACGUUUGAAUUUCAACACAAACAAAGAUACCAAGAAUGGUUUGCUAUUUUUGAGUGGUAACCCUCAAAGUUUCAUUUCUGUUGAAAUGCGCAAUGGUAAAAUAUACUACAAGUAUAAACUUGAUCGAGAAACAGUUGUUAUGGGAACAAGUGAGACUUAUAACGAUGGCCAAUGGCAUACUGUUAUAGCUGGCAGAGAUGGUAGAAAGGGUCUUCUAAAAUUAGAUGAUGCAGAAGUCAUAACUGGAGAAGAUUCCUCAGGUUCAGUGGAAAUGUUGCAAGAAUCUGAUCGUUUGUUCUUCGGUGGAUAUCCUAUGAAGCAUAAUGUGUCCAAUGUUACCAAUAUGGGUUUCGAUGGCUGUAUAGAUGGAGUACAAAUCACAGGUACACCCAUUGACUUGAGUUCCAAUUUGCGUGCUGUAGCGGUUAAACCUGGUUGCCCCAGUAAAUUUGAAAGAAUAGUAUCAUUUGAUAUUCAGUCUCCGGGAUAUGUGAGGCGGCCAAAUAUUUCAGCUGCCAACUUAUUCCAGAUUAAUUUGAAAUUCAAGACGUACUAUAGCGAUGGGUUGAUAUUCUAUGCUAGCAAUCACGAUCAAACAGCUACUGUAUCAUUGUCUUUGGUGCAAGGCAGAUUACACUUCAGGAGUCAAAGGGAAGAGUUGGUCACAAAGGAUAAUAACUACAGCAACGGGGAAUGGCAUGUAGUAACAGUAACACACGAACCCAAUGCUCUGAAGCUGGACGUCGAUGACACUCGUCAAUAUAGUUCGGAUGGUUCACCGCCUAUGUUGCACAUGAUGUAUGGUGAUUUGUGGAUAGGUGGUCUGCCCCAAGGCUACAGCAUUGCGAGCGGAACUAGUGCAUCGGAAGAUUCAUUCUUUGGAUGUAUCGGCGAUGCUACGCUCAAUGGAGUUGUUAUAAACUUUGCAAACUCUACUGAUAGGGUCGGUGAUAUUUUAGGCACUUGUACACACGAAAAAUCUCCUAUAGACAUCGAACCUCGAGUACCUAUUUUCGAUGAACAUCCUACUCAUUCCGAAACUGCUACAUCUCAUCCUGCAAAUGAAGACUUUGAGAAUGAGAUAGAUCCAGAACCACACCCAGAACCUCCAGAAAAGCCUUACGUUCCUCCAGAAUUUGUCACGGAACCACCUGUAUAUCAGACAACACACGAUGACUUCUUUGAAAAUGAAAUUAUACCUGACGUUGUUACUGAAAAACCAAUUCAUCAUAAUAAACCAGCGAAACCGUCUGUCGACCCCAUACCAUUUGGCCCUCAUGCUAAACCAGCAGAAGCCACUUUUGAAGAUGGCUAUCGUUUUGGAACAACUACUAACAGUCGACUGCAAUUUGAGUCUUUACCUGGAAAAUAUAAAAACAAAUUCAAAUUUUCAAUAGAAUUUAGAACUGCAAUUGGAAACGGAAUUAUAUUCUAUGCAGCUGAUGCUCGUCAUGUUGAUUUUGUCGCUUUGUAUAUGAUGGACGGUAAACUUUACUACUCUUUCAACUGCGGUUCGGGACCCGCACACUUGACAGCAAAUGAGCAAUUGCAUGAUGGACUAUGGCAUACUGUUGAAUUCUCGAGAGUGCAUACUACGGGCAGUUUAAUAGUAGAUGGCAUCGAGGUGGCGACUGGAGCGUCUAGUGGAAAUACAAAGACAUUGAAUAUGGAAGCACCUUUCUACCUGGGAGGCAUCGAUCCUGACUACUCGAAACAAAUUAAGAACAAUAUUAUGGAUAUGAAUGAUACAUUUGAUGGUUGCCUGAGAAAUUUCAAACUAAACGAUGUUUCUGUGAAUGAUAGAUUCAAGAGCACAGGUGUGAUACCUUGUGCUGAUGCUGUCGAACCAGGAAUGUACAUGAGCGGUGGCUACUUAAAGAUAAAGGAUAGAUUCAGAGUUGGUAGUGACUUUAACAUCAAAAUGGACAUCAAAGCUAGAACUAACAACGGUUUAUUAGCUUCCGUACAUGGAAAGAGGCAUUAUUUGAUUCUGCAAAUGAUAAAUGGAACUAUAAACUUUACAGUAGACAGUGGAAAAGGACCCAUGGUGACAACUUUCACACCGCCAUAUCCACAUUUCUUCUGCGACGGAAAUUGGCAUUCUGUGGAGGCAGUAAAAGUUAAAUAUUUGCUAAGUUUAGUAGUCGAUAGUAUUGUUGUAGAACCGCACAUCGAUUCCUUGGCGCCUAUAAUGACGGAAACUUCCAGACCAUUGCUUAUCGGUGGUCAUCCUCAUUUUGCUAAAGUCCGUGGAGUAACUGCACGAGUACCUUUUAUUGGAUGUAUAAGAAAUUUGGAAAUAAAUCGUCUAGAAAUGCAUUUGUCCACCAAGCAGGCGUUCGGUAAAGUGCAAGGCAGUGUGUGUCCGACGAACUAAAUUUCAAUUCAUACAAAAUCAAACAAAUCACCGGAAAUGAAAAUGUUAAGUUGGUGGAUCUUUUGAAAAAAAAUUAUUGUAUUUUUUAAUUUGAGUGCAAAUUUUUCUAAGUAUAUAA